CGGGCAUGAAUUUGAAUUUCCUCAUGUAGUGCUCCUUGUCUGCUAUGUGAGCUAAAUGAUUGUAGACUCUUCAAUGCAGCACAUGAGUCAGAACAUAUAACUACACUGUCUGGUUUGACUUAUUCUGCCCACUGCAGUACGGCCAUCAGCUCUGCCAUGUACACAGCCAGGUGGUCUGUAAUACGUCUCCUGACAGCCACUUUCCUGUUCAACAAAGGCUGGUCCAGUCUGACCUGUCCUUGGGUCUUUUGAUCCAUCUGUAUAUUGGGGCGACAGGGUAGCCUAGUGGUUAGUGUUGGACUAGUAACCUGAAGGUUGCAAGUUCAAAUCCCAGACUUGACAAGGUACAACUCUGUCGUUCUGCCCCUGAACAGGCAGUUAACCCACUCUUCCUAGGCCGUCAUUGAAAAUAAGAAUUUGUUCUUAACUGACUUGCCUAGUUAAAAAAAAAUAUAUGGGAAGAAAAUACAAGUCGUUUUGAAAGGUAAUGACUGGUAUAAUAAAUAUGGUGGAAACUGACUAGCCCAUGCCUCCACCAACCCAAGAUUUGUGGAAAGUAGUGAACGAUUGAACAUUUAAGCAAAAAGUUGAUAUUCUAGGGAUGCAACCAAAUUAAAGGUGUGGACUAAAUUAAUAAAAUAUUUGGUUUAAUGAUACUGUUCAAUAUUUCUUGUAUCCAACAGGACAAAGCUAGCCCGUCCCCCUCCACCUUCCUGGAGUCCCCAGGUCAAACGUCUCCCAGGACCGCUUUACUGCUGGGUCUGGUUGACUGCAGGAAAACACCGGGGCAGAGAGGAGAAGAAGAAGAGAAGGAAGAUGGAGAUGUGAUUUCAUUAAGUAAGAACCAUGGGGACAGCCCUAACCGUUGCUCUCUCAGUGGGAGGGGCUUAUCAUCUGUGGAGCCUCGACAACGUCAUGAUGCUGACAAGACAGAGAAGAGUCUCUCCAGACCAGAACACCUCAAGAAACACCAUCAGAGACUUACAGGGAAGAAACCUGACCACUGCUGCUUUGACUGUGGGAAGAGUUCUGCUAAACAGAGGGAAUUGGACAUUUACAAGCAGAUUCACACUGGGAGGAAAAUGUACCGCUGCUCUCAGUGUGGGAAGAGUUUUGCUGCAUCUAAAACCUUACAAUCUCAGAGAAUUCAUACAGGGGAGAGGCCUUACCCCUGCUUUGAUUGUGGGAAGAGCUUCAGUCAAUCAAGGGCCCUGACAACACACCAACGCAUACACACAGGAGAGAAGCCUUACUGCUGUGAUCAGUGUGGGAAGAGCUUCAGGAACUCAGGACACCUGACUAGACACCAACGCAUACACACAAGAGAGAAGCCUUACAGCUGUGAUCAGUGUGGGAAGAGCUUCAAGAACUCAGGACACCUGACUAGUCACAAACGCAUACACACAGGAGAGAAGCCUUACAGCUGUGAAGAGUGUGGGAAGAGCUUUGCACUGUCCGGAACUCUGACUUCACACCAACGCAUACAUACAGGAGAGAAGCCUUAUAUCUGUAUUCAGUGUGGGAAGAGCUUCAGGAAGUCAGGACACCUGACUGAACACCAACGCAAACACACAGGAGAGAAGCCUUAUAGCUGUGAUCAGUGUGGGAAGAGCUUCAAUCAAUCCGGAGACCUGACUACACACCAACGCAUACACACAGGAGAGAAGCCUUAUAGCUGUGAUCAGUGUGGGAAGAGCUUCAAUCAUUCAGGAUCCCUGAUUACACACCAACGCAUACACACAGGAGAGAAGCCUUAUAGCUGUGAUCAGUGUGGGAAGAGCUUCAAUCAUUCAGGAGACCUGACUACACACCAACGCAUACACACAGGAGAGAAGCCUUAUAUGUGUUAUUCAUUGUGGGAAGAGCUUCAGGAACACACUGCAACGUCAGGACACCUGACUGAACACAGUGCAACACACACAGGAGAGAAGCCUUAUAGCUGUGAUCAGUGUGGGAAGAGCUUCAAUCAAUCAGGAGACCUGACUAAACACCAACGCAUACACACAGGAGAGAAGCCUUAUAGCUGUGAUCAGUGUGGGAAGAGCUUCAAUCAUUCAGGAUCCCUGGUUACACACCAACGCAUACACACAGGAGAGAAGCCUUAUAGCUGUGAUCAAUGUGGGAAGAGCUUCAAUCAAUCAGGAGACCUGACUACACACCAACGCAUACACACAGGAGAGAAGCCUUAUUGCUGUUAUCAUUGUGGGAAGAGCUUCAGGUACUCAGGACAACUGACUGCACACCAGCGCACACACACAGGAGAGAAGCCUUAUAGCUGUGAUCAGUGUGGGAAGAGCUUCAGUCAAUCAGGAGUCCUGACUAAACACCAACGCAUACACACAGGAGAGAAGCCUUAUAGCUGUGAUCAGUGUGGGAAGAGCUUCAAUCAAUCAGGAUACCUAACUAUACACCAACGAAUACACACAGGAGAGAAGCCUUAUAGCUGUGAUCAGUGUGGGAAGGGUUUUGCUCAAGCUUCCACCCUGACUGCACACCAACAUAUACACACAGGAGAGAAGCCUUAUAGCUGUCAUCAGUGUGGGAAGGGUUUUGCUCAAGCUUCCACCCUGACUGCACACCAACAUAUACACACAGGAGAGAAGCCUUAUAGCUGUCAUCAGUGUGGGAAGAGCUUCAAUCAAUCAGGAUCCCUAACUAUACACCAACGAAUACACACAGGAGAGAAGCCUUAUAGCUGUGAUCAGUGUGGGAAGAGUUUUGCUCAAGAUUUCGCCCUGACUACACACCAGCUCUCACACACAGGAGAGAAACCUUACUCUUGCAAGUCAUGUGGGAAGAGUUUAGCUGAUUCUAAAACAUUAAAUUCUCAUCAGAAAAUUCAUACAGGGGAGAUACCGUACCCCUGCUUUGAUUGUGGGAAAUACCUCAUUCAAUCAGGAGCCCAGACAACACACAAACACGUAUACUCAAGAGAGAAACCUUAUCGCUGUGAUCAGUGUGGGAAGUGCUUUAGUCGAUCAGGAGACCUGACUAGACACCAACGUAUACACACAGGAGAGAAGCCUUAUAGCUGUGAUCAGUGUGGGAAGAGCUUCAAUAAUUCAGGACAACUGACUACACACCAACGCAUACACACAGGAGAGAAGCCUUAUAGCUGUGAUCAGUGUGGGAAGAGCUUUAAUAAAUCAGGACACCUGACUAUACACGAACGCAUACACACAGGAGAGAAGCCUUAUAGCUGUGAUCAGUGUGGGAAGGGCUUCAGUCGAUCAGGAGACCUGACUAGACACCAACGCAUACACACAGGAGAGAAGCCUUAUCGCUGUGAUCAGUGUGGGAAGAGCUUCAAUAAUUCAGGACAACUGACUACACACCAACGCAUACACACAGGAGAGAAGCCUUAUAGCUGUGAUCAUUGUGGGAAGACCUUCAUUCGAUCAGGAGACCUGACUACACACAAACGCCUACACACAGGAGAGAAGCCUUACAGCUGUGAUCAGUGUGGGAAGAGCUUCAAUCAGUCAGGACACCUGACUUUACACCAACGCAUACACACAGGAGAGAAGCCUUAUAGCUGUGAUCAGUGUGGGAAGAGCUUUGCUCGAGAUUUCACUCUGACUACACACCAGCGAACACACAGAGGAGAUAAGCCUUAUAGCUGUGGUCAGUGUGGGAAGAGCUUUGCUCGAGAUUCCACCCUGACGACACACCAACGCAUCCACACAGGAGAGAAGCCUUAUAGCUGUGACCAGUGUGGGAAGAGCUUCAAUCAUUCAGGAUCCCUGAUUAUACACCAACGCAUACACACAGGAGAGAAGCCUUAUAGCUGUGAUCAGUGUGGGAAAAGCUUUAAUCAUUCAGGAUCCCUGACUGAACACCAACGCAUACACACAGGAGAGAAGCCUUAUAGCUGUGAUCGGUGUGGGAAGAGCUUCAAUCAUUCAGGAUCGCUGACUACACACAAACGCAUACACACAGGAGAGAAGCCUUAUAGCUGUCAUCAGUGUGGGAAGAGCUUCAAUCAAUCCGGAGACCUGACUACACACCAACGCCUACACACAGGAGAGAAGCCAUAUAGCUGUGAUCAGUGUGGAAAGAGCUUCAAUCAGUCAGGACACCUGAACACACACCAACGCAUACACACAGGAGAGAAGCCUUAUAGCUGUGAUCAGUGUGGGAAGAGCUUCAUUCAAUCAGUAGAGCUGACUAGACACCAGCGAAUACACACUGGAGAGAAAUCUUACUCCUGUCUUUGUGGAAAGUGGUUUGCUCAUUCAGUGUCACUGAUAAAACACCAGAAAGCUCAAACAUGUUUUCUUUCAUCUCCCUCCUCUCCGGCACCGGUUCCAGAUCCCUAAAUACAGUUUCAAUAGAAAACAUCUUGUGAAGAGUCAUCCAUCUCCCAUUCUCUAACAGUUUACUAAGUCUGAUUACCAUGGUAACCUGUGUAGCAUGAUAUGCAGCUCUGGAUCCAUAUUUACCAAGUGUCUUGAAGUAGGAGUCCUGUGUGUGUGGUGGCGUGUUCAGAGCUGUAUCUAUUUCAUUAACUCCUACUAUCCAUCAAAUAAUGUUUCAGAAAUGGUAGGUGCAUAUUCAUGUGUGAUGGAAAUGUUGUCUGAAGAGAGUCUUGAAUUGUACAUUAUGUCUCAUACAGUCAUUGGUUCCUGUAGGUGCUGGGUAGAGAUAUGAGGGGGAGACGGUCAUGACCCCCUCAGACCUUUUGGCAGAAUGCCCAUUAUAUGUUUUGCAAGUUAAGAUAGGAGACGGUUCCAGUCACAUGCAGGAUCCAAACGUUAAUGAUGAGUAAUGUAAACCAUGCAAAUAUAACUUGUCUGUGUUAGCAGUGUAUAAGAGAACUAACGGGACUGCCCCGAAAGAGCUCCCGACCGACGUGUACUAUGGUGCAUUAAGUUUGUUGGAAUCUCUCCAUCUUGCUGAUAAUAAAUAAUGAUUCAUUUCAGUUUAUUUGAGGCCCUGGUGGUAAUUUCCAUGACACGUAUUCAAUACAAAAACAAAUUAUGUGAAGGAGAUGUGUCGCGCUGCAUGAGGCACUGACUGAUACUGAGGCACUGACUGGCACUGAUACUGACUACCUUUUUUAAGGGAUCUAUGACCAACAGAUGCAUAUCUGUAAUCCCAGUCAUGUGAAAUCCAUAGAUUAGGGUCUAAUUCAUUUAGAACAGUUUACUGAUUUGUUUAUAUGAACUGUAACUCAGUAAAAUCUAACAAAUUGUUGCA